AUGAACCCAAGUGACCGCAGUGAACAUAGGAGAACUCACACAGGAGGGAGACUUCAUGAAUGCAAGGACUGUGGGAAGACAUUUUCACGUGCAGAUCACCUCUGUAGACAUAGAAGAACCCACACAGGAGAGAGACCCUAUGAAUGUCAGGACUGCGGCAAAACAUUUACACACUCGAGUUCCCUCAAUAAACAUAGACACAUUCACACAGGAGAGAGACCUCAUGAGUGCAGAGAGUGUGGGAAAACCUUUUCAUGCUCAAAUUAUCUCCUUUCACAUACAAGAAUCCACUCAGGAGAGAGACCUUACGAAUGUCAGGACUGUGGCAAAACCUUUACUCAGUCAUCUGUUCUCGUGGCCCAUAGAAGAAUUCACACUGGAGAGAGACCUUAUGAAUGUCAGGAAUGUGAGAAAACAUUUUCAAACAUAAGUAAUCUUUUUAACCAUAGAAAAAUCCACACAGGAGAGAGACCCUAUGAAUGUCAGGACUGUGGCAAAGCCUUUAAUUGGCCAGGUAUUCUUCUAGCACAUAGAAGAAUCCACACAGGAGAGAGACCUUAUCAGUGUCAGGACUGUGGCAAAGCCUUUAAUUGGCCAAGUAUUCUUCUAGCACAUAGAAGAAUCCACACAGGAGAGAGACCGUAUCAGUGUCAGGACUGUGGCAAAAAUUUUUCAUAUUCGAGUACUUUAACUACUCAUAGAAGAGUCCACACAGGAGAGAGGCCUUAUGAAUGCAAGGAAUGUGGGAAAACAUUUUCACAAUUAAAUAAUCUACACAGACAUGGGAGAAUUCACACAGGAGAGAGGCCUUAUGAAUGCAAGGAAUGUGGUAAAGCCUUUAAGGACCGUUCCGACCUAUCGACACAUGGACGAAGUCACACAGGAGAGAGGCCUUUUGAAUGGAAGGAAUGUGAGAACACAUUUUCACGCUCAGGUCUCCUCAAUAUACAGAAACGCACUCACACAGGAGAGAGACCUUACGAAUGUCAGGACUAUGGGAAAACCUUUAUAGUCUCCAGUCACCUCAGUUCACCUAGAUGGAGUCAAACAGCAGAAACACCUUACGAAUGUAAGGAGUGUGGGAAAACUUUUAAACACCCAAGCCACCUCAGUGAACUCGAAGAAAUCACACAGGAUAGAGACCUUACACAUUGGGUCCCGCUCUGGAUGGCCCCCAACACCAUCACCCUCCUUGGCGUCGCCGUCAACCUGCUCACCACGCUUGUGCUCAUCUCCUACUGCCCCACGGCCACCGAGGAGGCCCCAUUGCUGCUUGGCGAUGUGGUCAUCUUCUUCACCCAGGAAGAGUGGGCCUUGUUGAGUGCUGCUCAGAAGAAACUCUACAGGGACGUGAUGAUGGGAAUCUUGGAGAACCUGGACUUCAUAGAUAAAAAAUAA